GGGUAGUGUGCGGCAUCGGUACUUGUAAAGUUCCUCGGGAAAUUCUAUCAAGUGCGGUUGAGAAGCCCUGAUUUUGGUGCCGGGUGGCAGACAGGCCCAAAGGCCACCCUCGCCUGAGAGGAUCGGGGCGAGAUGACCUGCACAACGCGGGCCUGUGGGAAUGUAUGAGACCAGGUCGAUGCCACCCCCUCCUCUUCGGAGAAAGGGCAGACGAGUUCCGGGUUCCCUUCCAGGCCAGGGCGAGUGGGAGGAGAGUCUCACUGACAGGCGCCUCCAGCCUCUCCCUUUCCAUAAACAGGCGGCAAUAAACGCCGUCACCGCCGGGGCGCACUGUCGCCUCCACUAACCCCGCGGACACACCUGUCUACCCCUCACCAGUUUCAGACGAAGAAACCGAGGCCCACAGGACCGGGCAUCCGUGCAAGGCCGCUCUCUAGUCCGACCCUUUCCCCAUCGCCCAUUUCAGGUACCCGCAAAUUAAAGGGGAGCUGGAGGAGCUGGACCGCAUCACAGAGCAGACGCUCUACGAUCUCUACAAAUACAACGCCUCCAGCAUCCUCAUGGCCCAGCGCCGUGGCCGUCGCGACCUCGGAGAGACCCUGUCGCACCCCCUGCAGCGCCUGUGGGACCCUGCCUUGCCCCCGGCGGUCCGCAGAGCCCGCAGCGCUGCCUCCAGCUUGAGGGACAACAACCCCCAAGUGAACUGGAAAGACUGGAAGAUCGGCUUCAAGCUGUGCAACCAGAACAAAUCGGACUGCUUCUACCAGACGUACUCAUCAGGGGUGGAUGCAGUGAGGGAGUGGUACCGCUUCCACUAUAUCAACAUUCUGUCACGGCUGCUGGACAACUUCACAUCCCUGGAGGAGAGCAAGCUGGGCAACUUCAUCUUCAGCUGUCGCUUCAACCAGGCCUCCUGCAGCCAGGCGAAUUACUCACAGUUCCACCACCCGAUAUACGGGAACUGCUAUACUUUCAAUGGCGAGAACAACUCCAACCUCUGGAUGUCUUCUAUGCCUGGGAUUGACAAUGGUCUGUCCCUGACUCUGCGCACAGAGCAGAAUGACUAUAUCCCGCUGCUGUCCACAGUGACGGGGGCCAGGGUAAUGGUGCACGGGCAGGAUGAACCUGCCUUUAUGGAUGAUGGUGGCUUUAACUUGCGGCCUGGUGUGGAGACCUCCAUUGGCAUGAAGAAGGAAGCCCUGGACAGACUUGGGGGCAACUAUGGUGACUGCACCAAUAAUGGCAGCGAUGUCCCUGUCACGAACCUUUACCUUUCCAAAUACACGCAGCAGGUGUGUAUUCGCUCCUGCUUUCAGGAGAGCAUGGUCAAGGAGUGCGGCUGUGCCUAUAUCUUCUAUCCGCGGCCCAAGCACGUGGAAUACUGUGACUACCGGAAGCACGACUCCUGGGGCUAUUGCUACUAUAAGCUCCAGGAUGCCUUCUCCUCCGAUCGCCUGGGCUGUUUCACCAAGUGCCGGAAGCCGUGCAGUGUGACCAGCUACCAGCUCUCUGCAGGUUACUCGCGAUGGCCCUCAGUGAAAUCCCAGGACUGGAUCUUCCAGAUGCUCUCCUUACAGAACAAUUAUACCGUCAAAAACAAGAGAAAUGGAGUUGCCAAACUCAACAUCUUCUUCGAAGAGCUGAAGUACAAAACCAGUUCUGAGUCUCCCUCUGUCACGAUGGUCACCCUCCUGUCCAACUUGGGCAGCCAGUGGAGCCUGUGGUUCGGCUCCUCGGUGCUGUCUGUGGUGGAAAUGGCUGAGCUCGUCUUUGACCUCAUGGUCAUCACAUUCCUCAUGCUGCUCCGGAGGUUCCGAAGCCGAUACUGGUCUCCAGGCCGUGGGGGCAGAGGUGCUCAGGAAGUGGCCUCCACUCCAGCUUCCUCCCUCCCCUCCCGUUUCUGCCCCCAGCCCCCUUCCCCAACCUCAACUGCACCAAGCCCUGACACUUCCCUGGCCUUGACUGCCCCUCCUCCUGCCUAUGCCACCCUGGGCCCCUGCCCAGCUCCAUCCAGCUUGGCAGGGGCCAGCUCCUCUGCCUUCGUUCCAGGGGAGCCCUGAGAGAGAAGGUCAGUGUUAGCCCCCAAGGCAAGCAGCUUCCCCUGGUGGGCUGGAACAAGCCUUGGUAGGAUUAUAGAAUAUCUGGCCUUUCUCUGAGAGAAAGCCCAACUGUCUUUGGUGUGGGGGAGGGAAGCAGAUUGGAUAAGGGGCUGCAGAAAUUGCCCAGAGAACAGGGGUCAAGAAAGCUGCCCAGAAUUGCCCUGGCUCCUGCCCAGUACCCUCUCAUCCUGCCUCUAGAACACUCUGGUUUCUUUAUCCAAGCACAGACAAGUCCUUUUCCCUUGGAGCAGCCAAGUCAAACUUGGAGCUUUGACAAGGAACUUUCCUAGGAAACAACUGACGACCAGAAUAAAAUAAACAAGGGCGCACAAAGGCAUGCCUAGGUUUCCUACUCAAAGACGACUGAAGCCUGGCCACACUGCUUUCCAGUGACACAGACGUUCGCUCCUCUUCUUGAACUUCGGUGGGGCCCUCCACCCAAAAGCCACCUUGGUUAGUUCUUGAGCAAUUCCCCUUUCCCGACUCUCCAGAGCAGGGGCUGGAGCAGACCAAUGUAGUAAAGGCUUGGUCAUUCCCAGUCAGCCCCAGGACACUUCCAGCCUCACGUAAGCCAUGCACCAGCACCUCUGCCCUGUCUCCUACGCACCUCUGCACAUUGGCUCAAACUCCUUCCUAAGCCUGGAAGCUUUCCCCGCCAUCUGCUGGAGAACUCCUAUGCAUCCCUUAGAACUUGGCUCAGGCACUACUAUUUCUGUGAAGGCUUCUGCCCCAUCUUGUCUUCGCCAGAAUUGAUCACUUUCUUCUCCCCUGGGCUCCCAUUAGCAUACCAUAACAUCUGUUGGAGUACUGACUCUGCAUUUUAGUUUCUUGUUCAUUUGUGUCUGCCUCCCCAACUAGACUAUGAGCUCCUUGUGGUCAGGCAUUGGUAUUCAUUUAUGUGUCCUCAGGGUCAGGCCCAGUGUCCCACUUGGAGCAAGUAGGUAGGUACUCAAUAAAUAUUUGUGGCAUAAA